CACCACGAGCUCACCGCGCAGGGGCAAGAAAGGCGCGGGAUGCGGAAGGAAGCGGAAAGAAGCGGAAGGCCCUCCCGGAGAAGGACACAGAGGGCAAGCGAGCGCGGGGCGGGGCACAGCGCCGGAAAGCAGCGGCUGCGCGGAAACUGGGCGAGCCGGUCCCUCCCGGCAGAACCGGUGUUAUUGGCAGGGAAACAUUGAAAUCUUAAACUUGGGUAUGAAGCCUGGGAACACCCUGAAGGUGAAGGGCAAAAUAUCUGCUGAUGCACUUGGCUUCAGCAUCAAUCUUGGCAGCAGCUCAAGAGAUCUGGCAUUUCACUUCAAUCCCCGCUUCAAUGAGUCUGUCAUCGUCUGUAACUCCAAGUACUCCGAUUCCUGGCAGACAGAACAACGUGACUGCCACCUCCCUUUCUUCAGGGGCUGCACUGUCAAGUUCUUCAUUGAAAUGCUAUCAGACAGAUUCCGUGUGAAACUGCCGGAUGGUUAUGAAGUGUACUUCCCUAACCGGCAUGGCUACCACAAGAUCAACUACAUAAGCAUCGCAGGAGGCUUAAAGAUGAUCUCCCUCAAGCUGAGCUGAUGGGCACCACUUCCUAGCUCUAAUAAAAACCCAAGCCAGUGGAAGACUGCUUGU